AUGGAGGUCUACGUCAACGAUAUGCUUGUGAAAAGCGCCAGGGCCAGCCAGCACGUCGACCAUCUGGGUGAAAUGUUUGGUGUAUUGAGAAAAUACCACAUGAAACUAAAUCCCAAAAAAUGUGCCUUUGGAGUUGGGUCGCGAAAAUUCUUCGGUUUUAUAGUCAGCAACCGAGGGAUAGAAGCUAACCCUGAGAAGAUUAAAGCCCUACAGGAUAUGCGGUCCCCAACUAAGCCAAAGGAAGUGCAAAGGUUGACAAGAUGUGUCGCUGCCCUAAACAGGUUUAUAUCAAAAGCAACAUACAAAUGUGUCCCCUUCUUCGAUGCUUUGAAAGGAAGUAGGCGCUUUGAGUGGACAUCGCAAUGUGAAGAGGCCUUCCAGAAAUUGAAAGAACAUUUAGGCAAGCCCCAAAUUCUGUCAAAACCAAACCCCGACGAGGAGCUUAGCCUAUACCUCUCCGUGUCCCAACAUGCCUCGGUAGAGUUAAGCCAGUUCGACAUUAAAUAUGUGCCAAGAACUGCGAUCAAGGGCCAAGCGCUGGUCAAUUUUCUAGUCGAGUUCUCCCAUAGACCAGCUCCUGCCACACCUGAAGGAGUCGAGAAUACAGAAUGGAAGCUCUACGUGGAUGGAGCGUCGAGCGAUAAUGGGUCAGGAGCCGGCGUCUUGUUAAUCAGCCCAGAAGGCCACAAGAUUACCUCGGCGGUUCGAUUUAAAUUCAAGGCGUCAAACAAUGAGGCAAAAUACGAGGCGUUAAUUGCGGGGUUGCGAUUGGCCAGCCACCUAAAGAUCGAGAGGCUCAGCGUCUUCAGCGAUUCUCAAUUGGUCAUCGGGCAAAUGAAAGAAGAAUACCAAGCGCGCGGCGAGAAAAUGAGAGCGUACUUAAGAAAGGUAAAGGAAGAACUCGUCAAGUUUAAAAACUACGAGAUACUUCAGAUACCACGAGCAGAGAACGUAAACGCAGAUGCUCUAGCAAAGCUAGCAUCUUCGAAAGAUUCUGACACACUAGGGGUUGUUCCCAUCGAAGAAUUGGAGUACCCGACCAUUGAGGAAAAAGCUAAGGCAUUAAUCGUCCAAACAGAUGAAAAUUGGAUGACGCCACUCAUCCAAUACCUAAUGGACGCACAACUGCCAAGCAAUAAAGACGAAGCCAGACGGAUCAAAUAUAGGGCUGCUAGAUACUUAUUGUACGAUGGCUUACUUUACCGACGAGGCUACUCAACACCUCUAUAG